AUGAAACAUUACGACAAUGAACAUACAUCAUCUGAAGAAGAAAGUAGUGAAGAAAAUGUUAACUAUAAGGCACCACCGCGUAGUAAAGAACCUCUUGACUACAGUAAGAAUGUUUUCUAUACAAAGCAAUAUGAUGAUCAACUAAUAGCUAAUACUAAAAAAGAUCAAAUUGAAAAAAAUAGAAUGCUAAACAUAGCAAAUAGAGCACAGAUGUAUCAAAAUGAAAGUUUACCUGAUUACGAUUAUGAACAUUUUAAUGAAGACCAAAGGUAUGAGCAACAUGUGGUAGGUGAGUUUAUAAAUGGUGUCUACACUGACAGCCGUUACGUAAAAAAUGAAAAAUAUACACAAUUUAGAAGCGAACCACCUGUGCAAAACAUUAAUAAUUGGGGAUAUUAUGGUGGACAGAAUUACAUUCCAGAAGAUAUUAUUAAUCAACCAAUAAAUAAGUUUGAAACGUUUCCUAAUACUAAAAGACAAAGAAAUAUUCCUCCUCUAGGAUUAAAUAUUACCAAUAAUCAAUUUCCACCAUACAAUGAAAAUUACCUGCCUAGAGAUAUACAGAAUACUUUUCCUUCUGCUGAACCACCCUUCAGCCCCACGCAGCAAACACGCACUAAAAGGUCCAAAAUUAACUUAGAAUAUAUUUCUGGAAAAAAUAAAAGGAAUGUAACAUUUAGUAAGCGUAAAAAAGGAAUAAUGAAAAAGGCAUUUGAGUUGUCGACAUUAACUGGUUCUGAUGUUUUAUUAUUGGUUGCUAGUGAAAGUGGUCAUGUUUAUACUUAUGCUACGCCUAGAUUAAAACCUCUGCUGCCUAAAAAUAGAAAGUUUAUAGAGGAGUGCUUGAGUAAAGCGGAUAAUUCUAUAAGAUUUGAUACAGACAGUGAACAAUAA